AUGUUGCGAACACUGAAGCCAUGCAUCAUCGCUGACCAAGCUCUCGGAAACCUCCGUGCAAACUCAACUGACUACAUAGUCCACCAGGAGCAUAAAAAGUUGUUACGGGUCCUCUUCGGCGGAUUAAUGGAUCCGGAAGUCGUUCGGGGAAGGAGGCAGGCAGAUGGUCGGACUCACAUUGGAGCAUGCUUCCACCAUCCUUCCCGGUACAUUUUGAAGUUCUAUGCAAGUCUCCACGCCGGGGUCCUAAUUCUACGCAUCCGCGGCGCGCAUCACUGGAAUAUGUGUGGUGGGAAUCUGGGAUGCAUAGAGUGCAUCAUGCCUGCCCGGCAAUUGACACUAAUAGCCAAUCAUGCAAUAACGUCCAGCGAUGACCCACAAAUUCUGAACGUUGAACUGAUCCUCAAAUCUACUUUCGGUUCAAUCAAGGCCGAUGUACCACAGGAGCAGAUAUCCAUCCCAAUAAUACCUAUUUCGGCGCUCAGAGUCGGGAAUGGUGGUAUAUCUAGCACGAAUAUUACAUGGCUUAUACGUCUACCGAGUUCGCCACUCGCUGGCGCUAACCCCUUGAAUAUGACCUUAGUCUCAAAUAAUCCUGGUUGGUGGCCGCUGAUCAAUGUCUAUCGUGUAUCUAGCUAUUUUGUAGUCGCAUCCGCUACUGCGGUGGUAUACGAUUGGGCACUUUCAUUCGGGCAAGAGGUAGUGUCAUUCUACCAGAGCAGCCAUCUUACUAAUAAUGGGUUUAUAGUUCGAGCUAGUCUGGAAGAACAUAAUAAGACAGAGGAUUCGGCAGAGGCGCCGCUGGUCCCUUAA